UACGUACCGGAAGUAACAACAACAAGGAAGUUGCUAACAGCGAGACCAGAGAGGGCAGUAAAGAGUCUCCGGGGUUUACUGCAGCGUAGAAGAAGAAUUGCGGAAGACGAGCAUCAGCAUGUAAAAGCGGAUCCAUUCCACAACACAGCACAUCUUGGGAAUUAAAGCACUCGGCGGAAUCAUGUUUGAAAACUUCAGGGAAAGACUUCACAUGGUGCAACAGGAUUUAACCACAGGCCUAAAAACACUUGGAGACAAAACAAAGGAGUCCAAAAGCAGGAGGAAGUCCAGGUUAGAAGAAAGUCUUCCUCAGUUCACUGCUGGACAAGACAUCCUCAGCAGGUAUGAGGAGAGUUGGUUUGUGCUCCACAAGAAAACCAAAGACUGUGGUCAGGCUGCCGAGGUGGUGGAUGGGGACGUGGUGAUGCUGUCAGCACUUUGGGAGAAGAGACGAUCUGCACUGACGCAACUACAGGAGCAGUUGCAAAGCUUGCCCGCUUUUAUCGACCAACUCGACGCCGUCACGGCUUCCAUAGCUCAUUUAGAAGGCGACUUUGAGGAGAUGGAGAGCAGACUGGUGCACUUGGAGACGCUGUGUUGUCGCUGUGAGCAGCAGACGUCCAAACAGCAUCAUCUUGACCAACUGGAAACCUAUAAGAAGCACAAGAGGAGAGAACUGAAGUCACUGGAAGCCCAGCUCACCAGCGAGCACGCGCACAAAGCCGCCCAACUGGAGCGAAGUCGCCAGCAGAAACUGAAGCAACGGCAAAAAGUCUACGAAGAAGCCUUUCACCAAGACCUGGAACAAUACCGCUCCACCGGAUUCAUUCCCAGACACGCAGCAGAAGCGGCGGCGAUGGGGGUUCUGGAUCAGAUGACGUUCACCGACCCGUCAGACCAGGAGGCUUUGGAUGACUUCUUGAACUCCGGAGACGACACCAGCACCGAGUCGUCCCUCACCUCAGGUCCGGACCUCCAGUCUGACUUGGACAAAACCUGCUCUGAUAAGGACUCUGAAUGUGUCCAAGAGGACGAGGACGGUCACACGGUUCAGUCGGAUGAGGACGACAUUCAGCCCGACAUGACGUUGGUGGUUGACGCGGCCGGGGGCUCGGAGGACAGUGACUCUUUGGGGGACGCGCCUUCUGGUUAACCUGCUCCACCCGGGGAAACACGCUGCCUGCUACUAGUCGGUCCCAAAUAUGGCGGCCAUUGGUGAUUCCUGCUUGUCGUGUUCAUGAUCCACUAAGUCUUUAGUAAGUAAAUCAACAUUUCAACCCCAUCUUUCCGUUUCUGUACACCCUUCUUAACAUCUCAUCCAGUGUACACUUGGGGUUUUUGCAAUGAAAAGACUGUCAGUGAAGUCUGGUGCUUGUGUGUCUCAUCCAACAUUACGUUGGCCAACAACCUCUUUCAACGCGUCUCCUGAGUACCUUGUAUUUGGAUUUGACUUCCGGCUGCACGGCGGUCAAGUGGUUAGCGCGCAGACCUCACAGCUAGGAGACCAGGGUUCGAUUCCACCCCCGGCUAUCUCUGUGUGGAGUUUGCAUGCGUGGGUUUUCUCCGGGUACUCCGGUUUCCUCCCACAUUCCAAAAACAUGCUAGGUCAAUUGGCGACUUUGGGUGUUCCUAAUGAUUUGACCUUGUGAGCAAGUACUGCAUGAAGAACCCACCCCGGCGGUACUGCUGACAUUUUAUUUGAACAAGAACAGAUCCUGAGAUGGUCUCAACAAAACCAUUCAGUUCUACCCCAAACCCCCCUAAACUUAUCAUAGAAUUUGCUGACUUUUUAAGAAAUGUUAUUUCCACAACAACAAGCUCUGUGCUACAGGUGGCCCCCGGGGGCCGCACGUUGGACACCCCUGCUGCUUUAUAAAGCCCCCAUUAUUUACCCGCAGAUAGCGACAGGCGUACAGACAGUUGAGUCCCUUGCAGAAAGCAGCUUUAAAGAUUCUCCCCUUUUUCCCACAAUCCCUUUCUCCACAUGGGGGCCGUCUUCAUGCAGGAUGUCCUCUUGAAGAACAUCACACACACCUUAGGAGAUACAAAGUCGCAUUAGGAAACACGCAACGAAGUCAGCAGAGAAAAAGUCAUAAUUAGCAGAUAAAGUCCACAAUAUGAGAGAAAGUCAGAAUGAUGACAUAAAAACGAACAAAGUUUGGAGAUAAAAGUCACAAUUAUGAGAUAAGUCAUGAUUAAUACUUAUAAUUAAGAGGUAGGAUAGUAAUAAUUAUGAGAUUAAAAGUUGGAAUUAUGACCAAAAAGUCAAGGUUAUGAGAUAAAAUGUCCAAAUUCAGAAAUCAGAGUCAGACGUAUGAGAUCAAAAGUUUGAGAAAUAACUGAGAUUUAAAAAAAAUGAAAAAUGAUGAGUCAUACUAACAGAUAAAGUCACAAUUAUGAUGAAAUUAAGUCAUAAUUAUGAGAUAAAAAGUCAAAAGUAUGAGAGAAAUCAUAACUGAGAUAAAAAAAAAUGUCAAAAUGAGAAAAAGUCACAAUUAUGAGAUAAGUCAUGAUUAAAACUCAUAAGAGGUAGGAUAGUAAUAAUUAUGAGAUUAAAAGUUGUAAAUAUGACAGAAACGUCAUAAUUAUGAGACACAAAGUUGGAAUUAUGACCAAAAAGUCAAGGUUAUGAGAUAAAAUGUCCAAAUUCAGAAAUCAGAGUCAGACGUAUGAGAUCAAAAGUUUGAGAUAAAUCAUAACUGAGAUUUAAAAAAUUAAAAAUGAUGAGUCAUACUACCAGAUAAAGUCACAAUUAUGACAAAAUUAAGUUGUAAUUAUGAGAUAAAAAGUCAAAAGUAUGAGAGAAAUCAUAGCUGAGAUUUAAAAAAAACAUCAAAAUGAUGAGAAAAAGUCGCAAUUAUGAAAGAAAAAGUCAAAAUUGUGAGAUUAAAAAAAAAUACAAUGAUGAGCCAAAGUCAAAGUCAGACGUAUGAGAUCAAAAGUUUGAGAUAAAUCAUAACUGAAAUUUAAAAAAAUGAAAAAUGAUGAGUCAUACUAACAGAUGAAGUCACAAUUAAGACAAAAUUAAGUCGUAAUUAUGAGAUUAAGUCAAAAGUAUGAGAGAAAUCAUAACUGAGAUUUAAAAAAAAAAAAGUCAAAAUGAGAAAAGGUCACAAUUAUGAGAUAAGUCAUGACUAAAACUCAUAAUUAAGAGGUAGGAUAGUAAUAAUUAUGAGAUUAAAAGUUGGAAUUAUGACCAAAAAGUCAAGGUUAUGAGAUAAAAUGUCCAAAUUCAGAAAUCAGAGUCAGACGUAUGAGAUCAAAAGUUUGAGAAAUAACUGAGAUUUAAAAAAAUGAAAAAUGAUGAGUCAUACUAACAGAUAAAGUCACAAUUAUGAUGAAAUUAAGUCAUAAUUAUGAGAUAAAAAGUCAAAAGUAUGAGAGAAAUCAUAACUGAGAUAAAAAAAAAUGUCAAAAUGAGAAAAAGUCACAAUUAUGAGAUAAGCCAUGAUUAAAACUCAUAAGAGGUAGGAUAGUAAUAAUUAUGAGAUUAAAAGUUGUAAAUAUGACAGAAAAGUCAUAAUUAUGAGACACAAAGUUGGAAUUAUGACCAAAAAGUCAAGGUUAUGAGAUAAAAUGUCCAAAUUCAGAAAUCAGAGUCAGACGUAUGAGAUCAAAAGUUUGAGAUAAAUCAUAACUGAGAUUUAAAAAAUUAAAAAUGAUGAGUCAUACUACCAGAUAAAGUCACAAUUAUGACAAAAUUAAGUUGUAAUUAUGAGAUAAAAAGUCAAAAGUAUGAGAGAAAUCAUAGCUGAGAUUUAAAAAAAACAUCAAAAUGAUGAGAAAAAGUCGCAAUUAUGAAAGAAAAAGUCAAAAUUGUGAGAUUAAAAAAAAAUACAAUGAUGAGCCAAAGUCAAAGUCAGACGUAUGAGAUCAAAAGUUUGAGAUAAAUCAUAACUGAAAUUUAAAAAAAUGAAAAAUGAUGAGUCAUACUAACAGAUGAAGUCACAAUUAAGACAAAAUUAAGUCGUAAUUAUGAGAUUAAGUCAAAAGUAUGAGAGAAAUCAUAACUGAGGUUUAAAAAAACGUCAAAAUGAGAAAAAGUCAAUUAUGAGAAGUCAUGAUUAAAACUCAUAAUUAAGAGGUAGGAUAGUAAUAAUUAUGAGAUAAAAAGUUGUAAAUAUGACAGAAAAGUCAUAAUUAUGAGAUACUAAGUCGGAAUUAUACAAAAGGUCAAGGUUAUGAGAUAAAAUGUCCAAAUUCAGAAAUCAGAGUCAGACGUAUGAGAUCAAAAUUUUGAGAUAAAUCAUAACUGAGAUUAAAAAAAUGAAAAAUUAUGAGUCAUAUUAUCAAAUAGUCACAAUUAUGAUCAAAUUAAGUCGUAAUUAUGAGAUAAAAAGUCCAAAGUAUGAGAGAAAUCAUAACUGAGAUUAAAAAAAAUGACAAAUUAUGAGUCAUACUAACAGAUAGUCACAAUUAUGACAAAAUGAAGUCAUAAUUAUGAGAUAAAAAGUCAAAAGUGUGAGAGAAGUCAUAACUGAGGUUUUAAAAAAAUGUCAAAAUGAUGAAGAAAAAGUCCAAAUUGUGAGAUAAAAAAAGAACAAUGAGAGCUAAAGUCAUAACUGAUAUAAAUUUCUAAGAUGAAAAGUCCACCUGAGGAUAGGAAAGCCAUACCUUGGGGAUAUUUUGGCGGAGAGGAGACCCUGACUCACUGACACUGGGCCAAUGGCACGCAGCCGCCCUAAAAGCAAACCCCAUCAGGCCCAGUGCGACACUUUUUGGUGGAAUGAAAGAAAACACAGCAAAUAAUCUCACCUGAGUGGAAAAGUACCCUGGGUUACACACACAACCCUCACUGGGGGGGCUUUUACACUCCACAGGUGACGACAAAGACGCACAGCUGAGUGGACAUCCUGGCGCUGUGACGCUGUACAUGCUGUUGGCGGGACACUGCAUCCCUGACACACACACACAGCAAAAUAAAUGGCAGACUGUGUUUCCAUGGAAGGAUGGAAGGAUGGAAGGAUGGAAGGAUGGAAGGAUUUCUCCACAUCCCCUCAGUCAUAAUGAAAUGUGAUGAUGUUAUAUUAUGCUAUAUGUUUUAUGUACGUAUGUGUUAUGUUACAUUGAAAAGGUACAUGUAUUUAUGGAAGCCCCUUUCAACCACUGAAAGGAAAAUAUAAUAUGACUUUUUAGUUUUUAUUUCAAAAUUUGGUCUUUUUAUGUCAAAAUUCCCAUCAAAUUUUUAUCAACUUGUUUCAGUUUUAACUUUAGUUAACUUUCUAAUCCUAUAUUGACUUUGUCAUAAUUAUGACUUUUAAUCUCAAAAUUAUGACUCUCAUAAAUUUGACUUAUCUUAUGAUUUGUAGUAUCAUAACUUUUUAUCUCAAAUGAAUUUUUAGGGCAAAACUUCCACUUUUUAUGUCAUAAUUUUUUUAAUCGCAUACAUUUUAUCUUGUAAUUUGAACCCUUUUUUCUCAGAAAUAUAACAUUUUAACUCGUAAUUUUGAUUUUUUUUUAAAAUUCUUUUCAUCUUACAAUUUACAUUUUCUGUCUCACAAUUUCAACUUUUCAUGUCAUAAUUUCGACUUUUAUCAAUUUCCAUUUUU